AUGCAAGUCCAUUCUGGAGAAAAGGCUGUCCUAUAUACAGAUAAUGACGGUCAACCAGUAUGGAUAGCACUGGAAGAUGGUUAUUUGAUCCCUACUUUAUACACAGCGUGGAAUGCUCCAUUCCUCAUGCAACGGGUGUGCACUGUCAAAUAUACUCUCGAGAGGCUACAAAGUGGAGCUGAUUUAAUGAUCCCUGGCAUUUUUGACCCAUUACCAGAAAAUGUGCCUCCAGGAACUGUAGUUUCUAUAUCUCUUAUCGACAGUCCCAACAUAGCAGUGGCAGUAGGUAUUGCUCUGGUUGACUGCUCGAGGGGAAAGCUCGACACUAAUCAGAAGGGAAAAGCUGUCCAGUUGAUUAAUGUCAUUGAUGACAAGCUGUUUCAACUAUAUAGGAAAAAGGUGCCCGUUCCUAUAGAAUUGGAUGUCUCAGUUCCAUUAUUGGAGACACAGGAUACGCCGGGAGAUGCUGAAAACGAUCCAGUCACUGACAAAUCAAAAAUCUCAGCCGAAGGUCAAGACUCAAUUGUCAAUCACACAGCCGAAUCUAACGUGAUUGAAAAUGUCAAUAAUGGCUCUUCAAAAGAGACUAGUCAAGUAGAAGAAAUCACUGACACCACUGAGAACAUAAAUCUCGGUGAAAAUCAGCCUGAGACUGAGACGGACGGGCCAGAGAACGACACUAAUUCUCCUUCGACCGCAGAGAUAGACGAUGCAUUUAGAAGAGCCUUACUCCAGACUCUGCGAAAGGCAGUUGAUUCGCCUAUAGAAGUGCCUAUUCCAUCAUCAACAUUUUUGUCAAAUUACGUUUUGCUAAAUCUUCCAUACAACCAUCCUAGCGUUCAAAUGAAGAAGACCUCGUGGAAAAAAGCCUCUAAAUUUUUCAAGGUCAUGGAGAAACAGUCACUCCUUAAAGGCAAAGAACGCGGUGGUGAGUUUGUGAUCACAUCUCUUGCUGGCAAGAACAAUACCGAGGUCAGUAGCUUCACUCUCUUCAAACCUCGUCCAUUUGAGCAACACAAACCCGCCGCUUCUGGCUCUGGAACUACGUCAUCCAACAAAAAGACAUACUUAUCCGCCAAAGAAUAUUUCAAACCUAGAUCUAUGACGGCUCCUAUUUUUGAGUUCUCGAAACUCGAUCCGUCGAAAUACUAUACAGCUGAUACAAUUAGACAAACUCUCAACAACUACAUUACUGGUAACUCACUUUCAGACCCCAAGAAUCCUAAGAAUGUGAAACUUGAUCGACCACUCACGAAAGCACUUGGUCUCAGUCCCACAAUUGAGAGUAUAGGUCGCGAUAAGAUCUCGUCCUUACUACAAUCGAACUGUUCACAAUUCCACCAUAUCACUUCACAAAAUGACGAGGACCUGAAUCGCCAGACUGCAACUACGCUUGCUAAAGGACCUAUACCCAGGAUCACCAUCACCACUGAAAAACGGGCCGGUCGCAAGGUAGUCACCAACGUGACCAACAUAGAGCCAUUUCACCUGGACCCUAUUGCGUUCGCUGAAGAGUUGCGUGUCGCUUGUGCCGGCUCGACUUCGGUAAACGCCAUCAAAGAAGGCUCAGAUCUCCAGCAAGUCAUGAUCCAGGGCCACCACGUGGCUGCGAUCACGAAGACCCUUGAAUUAAAGGGUAUACGCCCUGCUUGGAUCGAUGUCGUUGAUAAAGCCAGACGGUGA